GAGUGGGCAACUAUUAAUAUUCGAAAUAAUAAGAAAAGACCUUCAGAACAAAAGGGAAAAAACAUUAUUUAUGUUCUUUGUGCUCAAAACUUUGAAUCUGUUCAGUUAAUAUAUCCUGAUAGAAGUAACAAUC